CAAGUGGCAACUCAGUGACAGCUGUUUGACAGCUUCGCUUUUAUUUUCUUAGCAAAUUAUCUCUCGUCGUCAAGAAAAUAGAUUUUUGUUGAUUGUGUUUGUUUGUUCAAUGUGAAUUCCUUGCAUAUUAAAGAUUAUUUUCAUUACGCACGCAUGCAUUACUUUGUAAUGUACGCUGAGAUGUGGAAAACUAUAAAUAGAUCGAGCCGCGUAUAGUUAAUAGUUCUUGUGAUGGUAAAUCAGACAUAUUGAUAUAUUGGUCGAUAUGGGUAGGAGACAAGAGUCGGCAUGGAAGAAAGGUACCGUAGGGCUUACGGUGGCUCGGGAGCGUGGCGACAUAGAUCGCCAGUUCCAGAGCCGCUUGACCGUCACCAGAAGUAUGGUAGACCGUCUCGGUCUGGAGAAGGAGCUUCACGGACAUAUGGGAUGCGUCAACUGUCUAGAGUGGAACACUGAUGGGUCGGUCCUUGCUUCAGCUUCAGAUGACCUGCAUGUAAUACUGUGGGAUCCAUACAGAUACAAGCAACUGCACAAAAUUGCCACCGGACACACAGGAAAUAUAUUCUCUGUGAAGUUCCUGUCGCCGGACAUGGUGGCGACGUGUGCGGCGGACGGUACGGUGCGGGCGCGCGGCGUGACGUCGGGCGCGGCGCUGCUGGAGUGCGCGUGCCACUGCGGCCGCGUCAAGCGCCUCGCCACCGCCAGCGACAACCCGCAUCUGCUCUGGUCCGCCGGCGAGGACGGACUGAUUCUACAACACGACAUGCGCACCUCUCACCGGUGCAACGCUGACACGGCCAACGUCCUGGUCAACCUGCUGAACCACAUGGGCAGAUACGCCGAGGCCAAGUGCGUGGCGGUGAACCCUCGCCGGCCGCACCAGCUCGCCGUCGGCGCCAACGACAUCUACGUGCGGCUGUACGACACCAGGAUGAUCAAGCUGUCUAAACUGCAGUUGCAGAGCAGCUCGGGGCAGUCGCGGCUGACGUGGGAGCGCCAGAACGUGCGCUGCUCCCGCGCGGGCUUCGGCGACCCCGACAACAACAUCCCGCGCGCCGCCGUGCAGUACUUCGCGCCCGGUCACCUAUCCAUGGACCCCAAUGAGCAUCCGUUUCCCAAGAAAGCUGCAACAUACGUGGCCUUCAGCCAUGACGGCAACGAGCUGCUCGUCAACUUGGGCUCCGAACAGGUGUACCUGUACGACAUAAACUCCGCGCGGCGUCCUACGCUGCUGGAGAGCUUCAUCAUCCAGCACAACCAUGGCUACCGCGAGGCGGACGGCAAGCAGCCGCCCAAGAACGGCACCACCAACGGCACCGUCGUCGUCGAGCCCGCGCCACAGCUGCCCGACAGCGUGCGGGAGAUGAAGGAGACGGCGAACGAGCUGGUGAACAAGGGCAGCUACUCGGCGGCAGUGGAGCUGUACAACUGCACGCUGGCCGAGUGUCCCGACUGCGCCAUCCUCUACUCCAACCGCGCCGCCGCCCUCAUGCGACGCGGCUGGUCCGGCGACACAUACGCCGCUGUCAAAGACUGCUACACGGCCAUAAAGCUGGACCCUACACACGUGAAGUCCCACUUCAGACUGGCCAAGGCCCUGAUGGACCUCAAGCGGGCUCGCGAGGCGUACGAGUGCCUGCUGUACUUCAAGGACAAGUUCCCGCGACACGCCACCAGCCACGCCGUGUUCCUGCUGCAGAAGGACAUCAACCUGGCGCUCGAGGGCAUGGACACGCAAUCUGAUGGCGGAGGUGGUUCAGGGUCCGGCUCCGGGUCGGAGGAGACGGCGGGCACGGGAGUGUGCACCGCCACCAGCGCGCUGGAGCGGACCCUCCGCAACGCCUCCAGGGACUACGAGCUGCGCUUCCUCGGCCACUGCAACACCACCACCGACAUCAAGGAGGCCAACUUCCUCGGGCCCGACGCCAUGUACAUCGCCGCUGGUUCUGACGACGGCAGCAUGUUCAUCUGGUGCCGCAAGACCGGCAACAUCGUGCGAUGUCUCCGCGGCGACGAGUCCAUCGUGAACUGCAUCCAGAUGCACCCGAGCAUGUUCCUGCUCGCCACCAGCGGGAUCGAGCCCGUCGUGCGUCUGUGGAGUCCUCGACCUGAGGACGGGUCGGAGGAGUCCCGCGUGGUGCGCGACUGCGGCGAGGCGGCGCACGCCAACCAGCAGCGCAUGCGCAGCGACCCGUUCGAGGCCAUGCUGCUCAACAUCAGCUUCGCCGGCGACCCCGACCGCGACCUGCACUCGCCCGCCUGCCGACCCACAUAGAUAACUUCAUCAAUAAUCGUUUAGAGAAGAGGUUACGAGCGAUCAAAUGUCCCCUGAUCACUGUCAAGUCAUUGUAAAUAAUUAUAUUAUAAAUAAAUUAUAAUAGAGUUGUUAUUUUUUACCUUUGGGUGUUGCCACAUUAAAAGCCUUUAAGAAGUUUAAAAUCGUAAAUGGUGUGACGUUGGUGUUGUUUAUGACUAGGGGCUUGCCAUACAGAGAACUAUUUGUUUUUUUGUUUUAUUAAAGAGAAAUAUAAGAAGACUAGCUUUAGCUUGCGGUUUCACCCACGUGAAAGAGUUUUAUAAAAGUAUAUUUAUUUUCCCGAGAUAGAAAGUAGCAUAUAACCUUCCCAGUCUUAAACUAUCUCCAUACCAUAUUUCAUUAAAAUCCGUUCAAUAGAUUUCGAGAAAAUCGAUAACAUACAGACAGACAGAAAAGGGACAUUGUUUUAUAAAUAUGUUUAUAUAUAAAUUCCACUUAUGGCCGCCAUUAUUAAAAAACCUAAUAGCUAUAUCUAGUAUGAUUCGAAAAAUAAACCAAUCAGAAGUGAGCGUUGCGAUCAAACUCUCUUCUGAUUGGUCAAUUCUCCGGAUCGUAAGGGUAUAUUUGUCAAAUUUGAUUGUUAAAUUCAGCUGAUGAGGUAUAAGUCAAAUGUAACUACAGAAUUUAAAAUAUUAAUUUAAAACUGACUGUAAUAGUGAAACCAGCAGUGGUGAACGGUCCAUAUAACCCGAUUCUUGCCGACUUCCCUUUUUAUAGAAUUUAUGUUUAAUCUUAUAAUCAUUAGAACGAUUUGCAUAUUACGCAUUCAUGCAUAUUAGUAUAAAUUUGAGCUUUAGAAACUAGUAUGGAUACUUUAAAAUUUGAUGGUUAAAAUUUAUAGGAAAAAAUGAUCAAAAUAACUACUGUGUAUGUAUGCUUGGGGAUAAAUAUUAUGAUGGUUGUAGAAUCCUUACACAGACUAUGGUUCCCAAAAAAUCGAAUGAUUAAAACUAUUUUGCGUUUUAGGGCACACGCAAAAUACUUUGUAAUAGGGUAUCAUGGAAGUCGAAAAAAACAUUAAAUAAUUUUAUCGAACAUGCUAUAUCAGUAAAGUUUUUAAUGAAUAAGUAGGCGGUAUGAUAAACACACAUUAGGUGUUAUGUGGUCUAUCGACCCGUUGAAUGCAGAAAAUUAAUUCAAUCAUAAGUAUUUCUUUAAUUACAAAAUACAUGCUUUAGUAAUAAUAUCUAUCAACAUAGGCCUCUAAAGAUUACAUAAACAUCAAAAAUGAUUACCAAAUAUCUCACACGCACGUAAGUUGAGUGCGAAACCUCGAUUCGACAAGUUUAAGAUAGCAAUAUCUAUUUGCCAAAUCACGUCAGUUUUCUAUCAAAUAAUGGUCCUAUCCCGACAAAGACGAUUGGUUACUCCCGUCAGAGACAGCCUUAGGAGGAGGGGAACCGAGCAACCGCUCGGGACCUCACUCUUACAAGGGCCUCGCGUGGUGCCUAAGAGGACACAUUUUUACGAUCUUACCGACGAAACUGUCAAAAUUAGGAAUCUUUUUUGCAUCGCCCGGGAUCUUGCGUCGUUUAAGACUGCCACUGCCUAUUGUAUAGCAAAUUAGUAACAGUUUGUUUUCACAUACACUAAGAAAGUGCCGUCUAAGUUGUUAAGAGACUUAAUUUACGAGCAGUUUUACAAGCCUGUCGUGAGUUUAAUAAUUGUAUUACAUAUAUUGUCUGCGGAUCACGGACAAAUUAGUAAAAACUUACAUUGCUUUUUAUUCUUACACAAAACAAAAACAAACUACAAUAAAAGUAAAUAACGCCAUUAGACGAUAACGUCAACCAACAAUAAUAUUUUUUGGUAACUGUUAGUGCCUUAAACCAAGACUGGAGAUUUAACCAUCUAAUCAGUCUUGUUAAAUGCCAAAUUACUUGAAGUAAGAACACAGUGAAAAAUUAUGAUUUAUUUAUAACACUGAUUCAUAACAUUUAUAAGGAACUAUGUAGCGUGUAAAGAUUCCAAUAAUUACAAUUGCAAUCUAGAGUAAGUAAAUUAUAACUAAACCUUAAGUUAUUUUUCAUCUCCUCAAUACACGGAAUAUGUCAUCAGUUUAUGGUUUUAUACUCACUACUAUAAUUUCUAUGUAUGUAUAUUAUAAUUAUCUUCGAUUAUAAUGUAAGAAGAACAAAUAACUUGAUGUCAUACACAGCCUUACAGGUAUAAGCACACAUUUUAUAUAAACGUCAACAUGUCCUUUACCUAAUCUCCAGUACGUUGUCACUGUUCAUACCCGCUAAUAUGUCCCGCUACCACCCGGACUACUCGGCUGUGUGUGGCCUUAUACUCUUGUACGCUGUUAUGUUUAAAGUCUUAUUUAGACAGAGUAAUUAUUACCAGCAAUUAUCGUACUUGGUUAUUUAUUGCCAACAAUAAUAUUUUUUGAAUAUCUGUCAAAAGACUAGUAUAUGUACGUCAACGCUGGCGGUAAUUGCUUCGUCAUUCCCCAUAUUUAAACGGAGCAUGUUUUAAGCAAUAAUUGAGUACGAUUAUUGCAAGCAAUAAUUGAUCUGUCUAAAUGAGACUUAAAAAUGCUGAAUAUAUCACUCCUGCACUUUCUAAAGACACUAAUUAAGCUCUUUUAGUGUUUCCAGGCUAAAAACCUGCGUGUAAAUAUGUGGCAACACUCAAAAUUCGCCAAUGCUAUGUACGUUCAUAUACGCAGUAUCCAAAAUGGUGCCAAUUUUCAUUUAUUUUUUUAUGUAUACCCAGAUGAAAAAACGGUGUCGAUUAGAGGAAGCCAUUUUUUGUUUUUGUUAUAUCUUUAGAAAUAUUUAUCAUGUAUUCUUCAUAUUUUUAGAGGUAUAAAAAAACAACUGCUAUAUUCAAUAACAUUUAAUGUUUUGCAUAAUCUUUAUAUUACUAUAUUGUAAUGUAAUAAUCACAAUACUCCAUUAUAUUAUGUCGAAGAAAAUAAAUUACUCAAAUAUUAGAGAUCACAGAAUAUUUCAAUGGCUCCUAAGUAAACUAUUGUAUCUGGCAAAAUAGCGAAAUUCUUUUACCGUUAAGUUAUCUAGAUAGGUUUACUACCAAACCCAUCUAAUUAAAAAGAUAAUAACUUUUUUUUAAUGAAUCGCUAAAAAGUUAAUAAUGCUAUUUUUUUCAGAUACAAUACUUAGGGGUCAUAAAUUUAUUAACAUUAUUUUUUGCGAAAUAAUUCUUCAUUUUAUGACAAAAGAAAUCAAUGUUAUGUAAGUUGAUUGUCCUCUGUUGCUCCUUGAAGAUGCAGGUAAUCAUGAAUAUAUACAAGCUACUCUAAUCGAUGCAGUUGUUUCCUAAAGUUAUUAAUCCAGAUAAACAUAUUAUUGUAAGGAUAGGUUCAGACCAGCGUGAUAAUAGUUUUAGUUUUAAAUUAUUAAUUUUUAUUUCGGAUGUUACAAUUUAUUUUGUAUUAAACUAAAGUGUCGUGUAUAUAGUGAGAAUUGUCGUCAAUAUAAGAUAUGUCGAUAUUGAAAAUUAAAAUGACACUUUAUUAAUGUGAUAUAAAACAGACUUUUCAAUGGUGAAAUAAAAAUAUUUGCAACUGAGAGAAAUUUUAAAUCACAAUAGCAAAAAUGUAAAGUUUAUUCUUCAACUUUGAUACUUAUAUUAUAGUGUAUUUAUUUACUUUCUUCAAAUUAUUGGAAAUCGGCAUUACGCAAUUAAUUUAAAUUAUUUAUUUCUUAAUAACUUAUUUCUAAUGUAUCACAAUAUAAAACAUUUUUUAAACAAUCAAAUUUAGUAUUUAUUUGUAUUAUAUUAGGUACAUUUUUCUUUUGCUAAGUGGUUACCACAUCCCUUGGGAUCAUAAAGAACUGAAAGGAUGCGUAAAAAAACUCGUUGAUAGGCGGGAAGGAUUGAGAAGACGACUGCAGCAACAAACCGCAGACUGCACUGUAGGAAUUUGCGCGACCACACAUUAUUGUGUCGUCAUGUGAAUAACAAAUUAUAUAAAGUAGAUGAGAUAGAUAACAAAUUAUAAAAACUGCCACUAAUUUUGCUUUAUAACAUGUUUAUAAUAAAUAAAAUUAAGACAACCGUGCUUGCACUCCUGGCUCUACUCUUAAUUACCCAUUAAUAAAUCAAUCACUUUGAGUAAGAUCUUAAGUAGACAUUUAAGGUAUUGAAUAAACUUGAAUUGUCUUAAGCGCCUGUUUUUAAUAAAGUGCUGUUCAAUAAAUGAAACUCAAAAUCUAGCUAUGCUGAGACUUUCAAAUUGAGAUGUUCUUGAUAUCUGUUUAUUAAAAACGACGAUCAUAAGAUGCUGUAACUUGACAGCAUCUCAGCUGAUAUGGUAUUUGAGAGCGAAAUCAAGUUGGGUCUAUGAAUACGUCAUAGAAGAUAGUGCACGCUGCGGUCGACGAAGCGUAGAUGAACUCAGAAUAUGUAUUGUAUACUGGAAUAUAAAGCAUGUUUGUGACAGUCUCGUUUGUCACAUUACGGUAAACCACUCGCUCACUAUUAUAAGGUUCUAUGUUUUUUUUUUUUUGCAUAAAUUGAGGUAUGUGUAUUUUUUAAAUAUCCGAUAUCCCGAAAGAUAAAUAAUGGGGGAACCAUGAAUGAUUGUCUUUUCUAAUUAUUAUCAAUAUGAACAUUUUCACAAAUUUUCUCAAUAAAUAUUAACAGUGAGCCAGUGAAAUGUAAUUUGUUUAAGAGUUGAGAAGUCUCUUCAUUCAACAUAGGUUUAACAACAGCCUUCAGAAUACCAAUAUUGAGUUUAUGCAAUGAAAAAAUACGACACAAGUUUUUUUGUUUCAAAAUUGUAAUUACAUUAUUUAUUAAUUAAUGUUGAGUCUAAAUUAUGUGAACACAUGCUGCCAGUCGUAUGUCCGUAUUCUACAAUAUAUGUCGUGUAGACGGCUUGCAGCAUACCUCACCUGGUCUGAAACUACAUACUGUGGUGAUAAACCAAAAUAAGUAGCUAUUAAUUUUAAUAUAAGACGUUGCCUUGAUAUCGUGUAAUAUGUAGAUUUUGACACUCCAAUGAUGCUGCGGUGGCCCUGUAUUGUCGAAAUUUAAGUGUCUGGUAUAACUGUGAUUUUGUUGUGGAACAGUAGCGAUUGGAUGUAUCCAGCGGUGGGCAGGGCAGCCGCUUGAUAUCUGUAAAACAAGUUAUGUUAUUCAGCUAUAACGCGGCGCUGUAGUUGUGGCGCGGGUUGAGUGACUUAAGGCUCGUACGACAAAUAAGACUAGUGUGUAACUAAUUUUAUAAAUAGUUUAUGUUUUAUUUUCUUGAAUGGCGAAUUAAAUGUAACUACAAUAUGAUACAAAUAAUUCUAAGCAUUAAGAACGCCCUGCCUCCCAAUAGCUUAUGUUCGGAUAUGUCCAUAAUAUAGAUGUGGCGGCUCAAUUGUUUUUGAGUUCAGUUUGGGUGAGUUUGAGGCUGCUUCGUCCCGGUUGAGACACGACUCAACGCGAGGCAGGCUCAAGUUGGACUCAAGCUUUGUGUAAUACGAAACAUAGUUUAUGUACUAUAUAUACGAAUAUUUGAAUUUAUGUAGCGUGUAGUUCGGCAAUGUAAAGGCAUCGUAUAGAAAGUUCAUAUUUGCCUGAACCUGUGGGAUUAGGAGAGGAGGGGGGGGGGGGAGAGGACAAGAAGGGUUACUUACGAAAGUUACUUGCGCUCCAUUCUCUCCUUCUCUUAACUCUUACAGCACCAGCAAAUGCAAGAAAACUAUUGUUUGAUACAUCAUCGAAAAGACAAAGAUUUUGGUCAUCUACCUACACUAUUGUUUGAUAAAAAGCCUCUUGAUUAUCUGUCCUUUUCACAUAUUUUGUACUACCUACUUGGUCUUCCGCUCAAGCAAUGACGUUUCGGUACAUUAUGUAACAUUCUAGCAUCUCAGUUCCCUAUAAUUGUAUAGUGUCUAAAAUCUAUCAUGAUAUUUCGCACAAAUUCCAAUUGAACGCAACCCACGUGUUUCUGCAUCAAACCCCCACGCAGAGUAUGAAUACCCGGCCCGGGCAUCGAACUCGGAUCUCACCGGUUUUAGUCAGUAGGCUGCUGCUAAUACCAAGCGGGGCAUUUUAUCAGAAAACAAAUCCACUAAAAAUCCAACGGCGUGAAGUCACUCUCACUGUAAAUAUCUCCUUUAAACUUAAACGAUACGGCCGUAAAUGUUUAUCUAAAACAGUUUUUUGUCCGUCUGUACGUAAACAGAGUUAUUCUUGUGACAACCCGCUUUGGGAAGGGACAACCCUCGAGCGCAUCCCCUUUUUUACACCUUCCUAUGUUUACACUUUAUCGCCUGGUGACCGCGCCGUGCACGUAACAGGAUGGAACCUGUUUCGGCCGGAAUUAACUGGUUUUCACUGGAUAUUUGUUGGCUGUAAAAGUGGAUUUUUAAUAACUAUGCGUUAUUGAUUGUAGCUUCGAAACGCUGUUCGAUUUGAAAUAGAUACAUUUUUAUAUUUAUGUAAUGUUCUUCAAUUCCUAGUAUUGACAUGCCGCAAGAAUAAAAUAGAACAAUCCACACAUAAUACUUUAGUUAAAUUCUUCUAUUUUUAAUUUCAUAACCUUAAAUUUUCAAAGGUAUUAAUUUCUCCCAAUACUGAAAAUAAUAAUUAUUUGCAUCUCUCACCAACAUUUGACAGGGUCAGUUUUUUGUAAGAUUAUUCCCCCCUGAUUGAUAUCCUUACCUUCUAAUGAAUCCUGGUGGAGGUUAAGACGUGAGAUGGAAAUCAGUUGGCUCCUUCAUCCAGCGUGAUGAUGCAUGGCAAAUAUUUAAGGAUUCCUGUCAUCAGACUACCAUCUUGAAAGUUCUUCAGACGCACAUAGUUUAACUAUGGAAAAGAAAAGACAGACAGAUCAAAUGUAUUUUGCACAAUAUUUAUACAGAAUUGUGGGGCGGCAUUUGUAAUGUUUUGCGUCUAGAAUGAGAUGAAAGAGCAUUCUGUGUGAAAUAAAGGUGCCUUUACAUUGUUGACUGCGCGAAGCCUAGAUUAAGACCACGUAGAGUGUGUAAGACGCUUUGGAAAUAUUCCCAUUUUAUAUAAAAAUAGAUAUCUUUUUUUAAACUCGGUUAGAUGUUGUUAAAUUAAUGAUUUGUUAGUAAAAUGUUGUUUUAUUUUAUAUCCACCAUCUGUAAAGAAUCCUAUACGUAUGUCAUUUGUUACAUUAUUAAACGCAAAAACUACCAAAAGUAGA